CACAAGUUGAGAACUCCUCUCAGGUGCGCGCUUCAACUGCCUCGUGGUCGACGGAAGCAGCUUCACUUCAACAUGAACUGUACUCUCCAGGGGACGUGUGUCAAAGCUUUUGGAAAGGCAAUUCAAGCACUUUCACGGAUUGGAGAUGAGUUGUGGAUAGACCCAAUGGUCAAAGGGCUGGCACUGAGAUCAGUGAAUGCAGCUGAGUCUGCAUAUGCUUGCUUCCUCUUCUCACCGAUGUUCUUCCACAAGUACAGCGUGGUGUCAGAGGAGGCCAGUGAACCUAUUAAAUGCAAACUGUAUAUGAAGUCUUUGCUGCCACUUUUCCGUUGUUUGACUUCCAUUGAGCGUAAUGUGGAGCGAUGCCAGAUAUCAGUCAACGCUUCCAAUGACAGAAUAAUGAUCCAGUUUUCCUGUAGACAUGGUAUCACAAAAACCCACAACCUGUGUUACCAAGAGAGUGAAGCUCUGCAGGCAGUGUUUGCUUCACAUCUUUGUCCCAAUGUGCUGAAGGCACCAGCCAGCAGGCUUCUUGCAAACAUGGUGAUGCAUUUCCCAGCAUCUCAAGAGGAGGUCACUCUGUCUAUAGCCCCUCUCAGAGUCAGUCUGAUGAACUACCAUCAAGAAGCAAAUGAUCAUGUGAAGAUGAUUUGCACCGAAGUGUCCUUACACCCCGACGAGUUUGACUAUUAUCAGUCUGCAGGAGACUCUGCUAUAACCUUCUGUCUGAAGGAGCUGAGGGGUUUGCUGUCCUUUGCCGAGUCACUUUGCUUACCAGUUUCAAUCCACUUUGGUACUGCAGGAAAGCCUGUGUGCUUCUCUGUGGAAGACAUGGUCAUGGAGGCCACAGUGGUGCUGGCCACCCUGAUUGACUCUGACAGCAGAAGCUCAUCCCAACCAACAAAGAGCCCUGACCCAACCUCACCUAGAUGUGUGGAUGCUGCUGUGGUUGGUGCCAGAGAUGAGGGCUUCAGCCAUGAUGCUGGGGUCCAUGUGGUUGCAUCCAGCCAGGGCAGCCCUCUUGGCCCCUCAGCCACUUUGACACAGCUUCUGUCACACCAUCACAGCCUUCUCAGACCUGGUGCACCCGACCACACCAGUCCCGCUUCCUCUACGAUCUGCUCCCUCCUGUUCCGGGCGUUGUCUGCAGCACAAAGUGAGAGUCCUGCUGCCACACCGCCUGUUCUGGCCUGUCACAGUGACCUGGAGGAGGAGGAAGACUCUGCAAGACCUUCUGUCUCAGGCUAGAUCUUGUAUGACACAACACUGAAAACUACACCCUAAACUAUUUAAGUGCAUUAAUAUUUAAUUUCAAGUCCAAAAUAUUUAAGCAUGUUCAAAGUCUUAAAGUCAAAUAAAUGUUUUUUGUUCACUCGCAAAUUCAAGAGAAACUUGAAUUGAGAAUUACAUAUGGAACUACAGCAGGCCUGGGCAUUUAUUUUGUCUCGGGGCCA